AUGGGUGCUACCAACAAACUCGCGAACAAAAACAUCCUGCUAAUCGGCGGAACCUCCGGCAUCGGUUUCGCGGUCGCCCAGCAAGCCUUCGAGAGUGGGGCAAAUGUGACCAUCAGCUCAUCCUCCGAAGAAAGGGUCUCCAAUGCUCUCGACCGCCUUCGUGCCAGCAACCCGGCGCGUGCAUCAGCAGCACGUAGCUAUGUCGCUGAUCUUUCUAUCCGAGAGAAGCUUGAGAAAACAAUCGAGGAUCUCCUAAAAUACACCGCAGAGCCAUCACCCAUCGACCAUAUUGUUUUCACUGCUGGCAACGUGCCCCCGCUCGUUCCUCUGGCGGAAGCGUCCUUCGAUAUUUUCGAGGCAUUUCUCACCGUCCGGUUCUUUGGUGCAAUGAUGGUUGGCAAAUUUGCGUCAAAGUACAUGGCUCCUAGCAAGUGUUCGUCAAUUACCUUGACGACAGGGACGCAGAGCAAAAAGCCGUCAUUUUGGCUGCCCCCUGCUGUGGCUGGUGCAGUAGAAGGGUUGAUGAAAGGGUUGGCGAUUACGCUGACACCCAUACGGGUGAAUGCUGUUUCACCGGGCUUUAUUCUGACAGAGCUGACAGAAAGAAUGCCAAAGGGCAUUCUGGAAAGGAAUGUUGAGAAGCACAAGCUGCAGUCGCUGACGAAAGACGUUGGCCAUCCCGAGGAUACGGCUGAGGCGUACCUGUACCUGAUGAAGGAUUACUUUGCGACGGGCUCUACUGUGGCUACAAAUGGAGGGGUUUGGUUAGUCUGA